AUGGUCCAUUCCUCACAUUUGAACACGUCGCUGGGUUCAGAUACUUCCCCAACACCAGCCAUGUUCACAGCAGAGGCACGGAAUUGGUACAGUUUUAGAUCUGUGCGUCUGAUGAAGAAUGACACCAUGAACUUCCAGAAAUUCCCCUACACCAAUGAAGAUGAAGCCUGGAAAACUUACCUGGAGAACCCCUUGACUGCAGCCACCAAAGCUAUGAUGAGGGUGAAUGGGGAUGAUGACAGCGUGGCUGCUCUGAGCUUCCUCUAUGACUACUACAUGGUCCCAAAAGAGAAGAGGAUUCUUCCAUCUGGUAUGAUGGGACGCAAUGAACUAGGAAAGAGGCACUGCCACGGAAUGGAGUAUGACCCAGAGAUCGCAUCCUUUGAUGGCUCAGCCCAUCUAAUGAAGCUCUUGUCUGAAAAUGUUUCCAUGACCCAAGAAUAUUGUGAGCCACAGAAGAAGAAUGGCCCAAGUCUUGAAGGCGUCCCUACUCCUCACAAGCCAGCCAUGAUUCCACCAGGCACUAGCAAGCUGGAUGUCACCCCAGACAACUACUUGGUCCCUCCAGGGGAUGUAUACGACAACAGCUCACUGAACUCCCUCUUCGAGACCAUCCCCAUAACCCCAGCACAGCAGAGGUGGCAGCCAGACAGCACUUUCAAAGAGGAUCCCCAGGAGUCGUUACUCUUCAGUGAUAUCCUCAAACCCCAGCCAGAGCACCCCUUCCCCGAGAGCUACGCUACGGACGGUGUUAAAAGUGACUUUGAAUACACUCUGGGGUCACCCAAAGCCAUUCACAUCAAAUCCGGGGACUCUCCCAUGGCCUACCUCAACAAAGGACAGUUCUACCCCAUCACGCUCCGGACAGCUGGAGACAGCAAAUGUUUACACUUGUCCUCAAAUAAAGUGAAGAGUGUGGUGAUGAUUGUUUUUGACAACGAAAAGAUCCCGACGGAGCAGCUCAAGUUCUGGAAGCAUUGGCAUUCCCGCCAGCCCACGGCCAAGCAGAGGGUCAUCGACGUUGCUGACUGUAAAGAAAACUUCAACACCGUGCAGAACAUUGAGGAGUUAGCCUACAAUGCACUGUCCUUCGUGUGGAACAUCCACGAGGAAGCAAAGGUAUUUAUUGGGGUGAAUUGCCUGAGCACUGACUUCUCCUCCCAGAAGGGAGUGAAAGGUGUCCCUCUCAACCUCCAGAUAGACACUUAUGACUAUGGCAAUGGAACCAGCCAGCUGGUGCACCGCGCCGUCUGCCAGAUAAAGAUAUUCUGCGAUAAGGGAGCAGAGAGGAAAAUGCGGGAUGAUGAAAGGAAACAGUUCAGAAGGAAAGGAAAAUGCCUGGACUCCAAUAACAACGGUCUCAAAGGCUGUUUGCUCUCCGGCUUCAGAGGGAAUGAGAUCACGUUCCUGAGGCCAGAGACUGACCUCGAAACCCAACCAGUCCUGUUCAUCCCCAACGUCCAUUUCUCAAACCCGCAGAGGUGCGGCACGGUGCUCCCUCCUGCUGCUCCCAACUCCACAAACAGGCUGCCCCUGAAGCGGAGCGGUGCCUCGUUCACGGAGGAGUUUGACCCAGUUCCUCCAAAGCAAACCAAGGAAGAAGAUCCUCAGAGAGUCUUGUUGUACGUGCGGAGGGAGUCAGAGGAGGUGUUUGAUGCUCUCAUGUUGAAGACACCAGAUCUCCAGGGCCUCAGAACAGCUAUUUCAGAAAAAUAUGGGCUUCCUGAAGAAAGCAUUUAUAAAGUCUACAAAAAAUGCAAAAGAGGGAUCUUAGUGAACAUGGACAAUAACAUCAUCCAGCACUACAGCAACCACAUGGCCUUUCUCCUGGACAUGGUGGAAGCAGAGAACAAGUUCCAGGUCAUCCUCAAGGAGCUCUGAAGAGCCACAGGCAGCACUUCUGGGACUUCUCUCAAAACCGGCAAGUUUGACCCAACAGAACCUGCCCAGUGCCUCGACUUGGGGCCUCUACUUGAACCGCUGCCUCUGGGAGGGCAGCGGCUGCUUGGGAGCUGUUACCCUGUGAACACGGAACUUCGCUCUGUCGAGUUGUUUAUUAUUAUUAUUAUUUUUUAUUCUAUUUUAUUUUAUUCCCUUCUGGCGACGGGCCUGACCCAUUCCACAGCGGGACAGGGACUGGCACCGAGGUGGCUGCCAGAGCCCAGGACUGCCUCUGCUCGCUGUCAGCCUUGCCCUGUGCCCGAUCCACCCCGAGGCUUUGGCUUUCUCCCAAAGCACCGGCACCUCGGAGCGCUCCCAGUGGGGUGCAGCCCGGCUCCAGGCUCCUCUGGCCACGCUCAGAGGCUUUGCAGAUGCACCGUUGAAUGGACACUGCCUGUGCCCGUGCCCCCGGCCAGGCCUCCGACUGUAAAUACCACCAAGGCCUCCACAGCCCCUGUUCGUACAUUUCUGACCUACGGCUCCUUUUGUAUUUGAGACAUGUAUAAAUACCUUGUUUUGUACUGGACGGAACGGUGACACAGAGCAUUUCAAACACGGGCUGCUUCACAUUGCUCCGUGAACUCCUUUUGUAACUGUGUUGUUGGUUUUGUUGUUUUGGAUAUUCCGUAGUAAUAAAAGUUCAUAGAUGGAAGGUU